UCACUUUCACUGUCUGUUGUUGCUGUUGUUCCCAGUGUGGCCAAGGCUUGAAGUAGGUUUGCAUGUUCACUUGGAAUUCAGGCACAGCAGCCUCUUCAGUUUCAUUGGACAGCAUGUGAACGAGCACGUCAGGAGCCAAUCAGCUGCUUGGAGUGGUUAAGUGGUAUAUCAGCUCGUUUAGUUUUAUGGUCUGGUCUGCUGGUUCACUGAGUUUGAUGCACAUGUGUGUGGGAUGAAGGUUGUCUUGCUGGCUGUAGGAAGUUAUGUGCAUCCAUUAAUAUGUGAUCCGGUGCAGCAUGUGUACCGCAUGGGGAGAUGUGAGAAAAGAAGACUCACUCUGGGGAGAAGAAAACCUGAAGGUGGAGGAGACGAGUAUAAGAAACACAAGAUGGAUCAUCACGAAGAUCUUCAUCUGAACAGCCGUUCAUCAGUUGUUCUUUGAAACAGUUAGACUCAGCGAUGGCUGCACGGAUCGUGCUCCUUCUUCUUUUGUUCUGUGAAGGGGGAAGAAAUGGCGUCUCAGAGGCUGUCGUAUCAAGCAAAGUUCAACCUCAUCCUGAGUCCAUUCGCAACUUUACUGAGAGUUUCAAAGAACCGGCGAGCCAGCGUCAGGACGGAGAGGACGAUGUAAGAACGCUGCCAAAUGUGGCUUUUAGACUAAAUGACCGAAGAACUAAUGAUUUUGACUUUAAGGACAAUAUAGCAGCAACAGUCCAACUUAAACAUCCUGCCAAACCCCGAACCCCUAACCACAGCCCUGAACUCACUCCGAAAAGAAGCAAUCUGACUAAUGGAGAGGUCGAAGGUGUAAUUAAUGCUCACCGGCAAGUGGCGAGUUCAGGCGAGGAGCACGCUCUCCAGCUCCAUUUGGAGACCGCCGUCGGAGGUGUUCUGCCCGAGAGGACGCGAGGUCGCUCUAAACGGGUCGGGGAGUCUGAAGAUGGUCGGUCGGAGUCGAACCUGCCUCGCUCUCGCCUCCGGAGGAGCUGGCUCUGGAACCAGUUCUUUGUGAUCGAGGAGUACAGAGGGCCCGAGCCUGUGCUCAUCGGACGGCUGCACACAGACAUGGACAUCGGAGACGGACGCACUAAGUACAUGCUGGAGGGGGAGGGGGUGGGCUCCGUGUUUGUCAUCGACGGCAACACGGGCAACAUACACGUCACAAAGUCUCUGGACCGCGAGGAGAAGGACCAGUACCGCCUCAUCGCCACAGCGACGGACCGCCAGACCGGCCGAGCCCUGGAGCCCUCGUCCGAGUUCAUCAUCAGAGUGCAGGACAUCAACGACAACCCGCCCGUCUUCCUCGACGAACCCUAUGUCGCCACGGUGCCGGAGAUGGCCAACAUAGGAACGUCUAUAAUCCAAGUGACAGCCAGAGACGCCGAUGACCCGACGUACGGAAACAGCGCCCGGCUGGUGUACGCCAUCACUCAGGGCCAGGACUAUUUCUCUGUGGAUCCUCAGACAGGCGUCCUGCGGACGGCAAUACCCGACAUGGACAGAGAGACCCGGGAUGAAUAUCUGGUGGUCCUCCAGGCCAAAGACAUGGGAGGGCAUCUGGGCGGAUUAUCAGGGACGACCACCGUCACCGUGAAGCUGAGCGACGUCAACGACAACCCCCCUCACUUCAGACGCAGUGCGUGGUCGUUCUCUGUGUCUGAGCUCGCAGCUCCAGGUGUGGAGGUGGGCCGUCUCACCGCCUCCGAUCCUGAUCUGGGAGAGAAUGCACAGCUGGAGUUCACCAUCCUGGACGCGGAGGAGGCCAACAUCUUCAACAUAACUGGGAGAGACCAGGAGGCGGUCAUAGUCCUGGACAAGCUGCUGGAUUAUGAGACACGCAACUCGUACACGUUCUCCGUGGAGGUCUCCAACCCGCUAGUGGACGCCCGCUACCUGAGGAAAGGCCCCUUUAAGGACCAGGCGACAGUCCGGGUCAUGGUCCUCAAUGCUGAUGAGCCGCCGCGAUUCUCCCAGGCUCGCUACCAUCUGGACGUGUCUGAGAACUGCCCACCCGUCUGCUCCGUUGGCCGGGUUUCCGCCCUGGACCCGGACACAGGACAGAGCAGCAACAUCAGGUACUCCAUCGAUCCCCAGUCAGACCCCGAGGCUCUGUUCCGCAUCGCCUCCGACACGGGCUUUAUCAGCACAGUGAUGGAGCUGGACCGCGAGCAGGAGCAGUGGCAUAAUAUCACUGUCAUCGCCACACAGAGGGACAAUCCGAAUCUUGUGUCAAGGGUUGUGGUUGCCAUAGAGACGCUAGACCAGAAUGACAAUGCGCCAGAGUUGGACAGGCAGUACACAACGUCUGUAUGUGACUCCAGCGCCCCCGGCCAGGUAGUUCAGGUGCUGCGUGCCAUCGACAGGGACCAAGGAGGGCAGGACUCCCCGAUCCACUUCAGCGUCCCCCCAGAGUCCAGCUCUGCCCUCAACCUCUCCAUCAGGGAGACAGGAGGUGUGACAGCCAGCCUGGUGCUCCAGUCAGCCUUGGAGCCCCUCCCCGGCUUCUCCUCGUCCUCCCUCACCCUCUACGUGCCGGUGGUGCUGCGCGACGGGGCCUCGGGGCUGACCAACACCGGCACCGUCACCGUCACCAUUUGUCCCUGUCUGCGAGGGGGCAUGCAGACCGAGGAUAGGGGGAGACAGAGGGACAGGAGAUGGGAGAGACACACGGUCUGUCUCCCCGUCCCGUCUGCCUCUCCGUCCCUCAUAUUCAGUCUGGUCACCUUACUGGCCAUGCUGGCGUGUGUCACCACGCUGCUCGUGGUGUGUGCACUCUCGCUGUCAUUGCGCCAUCAGAAGCGAGACUCCCACUCACCCUUCGAGGAGGAUGAUGUCAGGGAGAACAUCAUAUCCUACGAUGACGAGGGGGGAGGGGAAGCGGACACCGCAGCUUUUGACAUUACGGCGCUGCAGAGCAUGCACAGAAUACAGCACAUGCACAACAACAGGAACAUAUGGUACACCCAGCAGAAUCCGCCGAGGGCGAGGACGUACAGCUGGAGCCGUAACCCUCGCCCCGGCCUGGACCCUCAGCAGAGGCCCGGCUCCGCUCCGCUGUACGGACGCCUCUGCUACGGUGUCCACACUCUGCCUGUUCUCAGAGAUUAUCCCGUCGGGCCACUGGAGGCGGGUCUGCAGCUGACGCAGCUGACCCACGGGCUUGCCGGAGGUCAUGUUGGCAAUUCCCUUGUCAUCCAGAACCAGAGCACCUUUGAGCCUCUGCUGCGCUCUCCAGAGACGAGCCCCGCUGGUUACGAGGCAGAGCGCACGCCGGCCAAGAGCAAAAUCACAGAGAGAGAUGAAGGCAGCGGAGCGAACGCUGCUGGCACACAAGAGAAUCGGGAACAGGCAAAGAUAAACAUAACAGAAACGACGGAGUCGACACCAGCCAACAACUGUGACCCAAACGAGUCUUCAUGCCAGAGUCACACCAGCUCCUCGUCAAACCAGCAGGAGGGGCGGCCGGGGUCAUCGCAGACCCAGAUCAGUACUGGAGCCACCAGCUGCACGUUGGAUGACAUUGAUACUGAUUCGUCCAUUCCCUCCGUUUCAGAGCGAAAUUAUCCAAACGGCGGUGAAACCAACCCUCCCGUGUACCUGAAAGGAGACACGUACAGCAUCGUGGGCUCGCUGAAUCCUAACAGCAGAGGGACGUGUUUGAACGGGGCGGGCGGAGGCGGGUUGUACCCAGCGGGGGUGCAGCUACUGAACAUGUGCAGACUGCAGAGAGAGGACUUGACCUCGCAGCCUUUGCCCUUACCUGGGGGGCUGUUUGGCAGCAGCAGAGGCUGGCCGUGCGGGGCGGAGCCUGCCAGAGCAGAAGCCGCCAACCCGCCGCAGCCCCUCCGCAUGGAAGACCUCCUGAACAUCCGUCUGGAUCAGGUCACCUUUGACCUGUCGCAGCCGCCCUAUGACUCACUGCAGACUUACGAGUUCGAGGGCCGUGACUCACGGGCUGAGUCACUGAGUUCGCUGGAGAGCGAUGGCGAUGGCGAAGGGAAGGACGACGGGAGAGUGGUGGGAGGGAUGGAGGAGCUAAACCAGAAGUUCCAGAGGCUGGUGGAGAUCAUCAGAGAGAGGGAGACGGAGAAGCAGGGAGGAAGAGGAAGAGGAGGAGGAGAUGCUGCAGAGGCUGCAGAGGCUGCUCCCGAUGAGACUCAUAAACAAACGGAGGACAAAGAGAAAGAACAGCAGAAAUGGGAUUUCUAGACUGCAAUAAAAGAAAAGUUAGUGAUGGAUUUCAGACACAGCGGGGCGGGCGAAAUACAGCUCCUCUGACUGAUCUCCGUGUCCCCCCCCCUCUCUGCCCUGACAGGGGGAGAAUCUGACAGCUAUGAGGUGGAAUCAGUGCACAGCGUAUAGCUCUCACCUCCACUAUGUUUAUAAAACGCAUAUGGAAUCUGUCACUUUUCACACUGCUCUUGUAACUCCUAUUAUUAAUAAUGCACUUUGGGCUUUCAACGCUAAAGUUAUGAAAGAUUAACUUUUUUUUUUUUAAAUAUUGAUUCUGAGCCCUGAAAGCUGCAUUGUUAGAAAAGAGGCCUCAUCAAAUAUUGACCAGAAUUGUGACAUUUAAUAUUGAUAUUUUAAUAGGGGCACGCUCACUAGGAAAUCCUUGGAAUUUGAAUGCAUCUGAAUUUUUCUUUUACAGUACAGGACCGCAGGCCAACACGGCCACGUGUUCACUGAGUCUCUCUGAUGAGGCCAACUAUUCUAUUCUGUUAGAGCUUCUCACUCCCAUCUCGUCACAUAGGCGACCGCCGCUUGGUCAGCGCCCCUCGGCAUCGGAGGCCGACGCACAGGGUUCCCCUCCAGGGUUACUUUUGGAUGCACCGUGGAUGGCGUGUCAAAAUAAGUUCGUUACAUGCAUAGUGUCCUUUCAAAAUAAACUUCCUUUUUAAAUUAGGUUCAGGCAACACAACCACUUAGUCAGGGCAAAGAGUAUAAAAGAUAAUGUAAAUCGAGACCCAGCAAACUGACUCAGCAAUGUACAACAGCGUAUUUGGGCCAUUGUAGGUAAAAAUAUAUAUAUUAUGGAGGGGUAAUAUUCGGAGAAAAAAAAAAUCUGAAUUUACGAGAAAAAAAACGUAGACGUUAUCUGAGAUUAUAAAGUCACAAUUUUACGAGAAGAAAAUUAUGAAAAAUAGAGUUAUCUUGUCAAGGAACCACAGCGCUUCACCAAAGAGUAAAGAAAGAAAGAGAUGAAACUCUGGCGCUUUUUUGACAACAGCUGCUGCGCCAUUUUGGACUGAAAAUGCUUAUUAUAUUUAUAUUAUAUUCAUAAUAAUUUAUUGUUCAACCCAGGCCAUUUCGGUAGAAUAUGACAAUAGAAUAGAAAUUUUUGUUUUAAUUCUGCACGGCACUUUUUAGGUGAACGUUUAAAUGGCAUCCGGUAGUCCCUUUCAGUCCAAACUGGCGGAAGCGUAGCUCUGCUGCUGGGCGUUGACGUUGCGAUGGAACGAACAAUUGACUUUCACUUCUUGGCAAUAUAUGUU